CCUUCCCUGCGCAUGCGCAGAGGGCGUCCCAGCUCCCGGGGGCGGGGCUCCCCUGAGCAUGUGCAGAGCGCCGCCGUCCCGAGGCCCCCCGAGCGCCGCCUGAGCGCCAGCCGAGGCUCCCGCGGGGGCCGCCAUGGAGGCGGAGGGUCCGCGCAGCGUGCAGAUCGAGUUCCCGCACUACGCGGCGGGGCUGCUGGAGUCGCUGAACCGGCACCGGCUGGAGGGCAAGUUCUGCGACCUGUCGGUGCACGUGCAGGGCCGCGUCUUCCAGGCCCACAAGAGCGUCCUGGCCGCCGCCUCGCCUUACUUCCACGACAAGCUGCUGCUGCGCGACGCCGGCCGCCUCGUCCUGCCGGGCGCCAUCGAGCCGGAAGCCUUCGAGAACCUGCUGCAGCUCAUCUACUCGGGCCGCCUGCGGCUGCUGCUCGACGCCCUGCCGGGGCACCUGCUGGCGGCCAGCGGGCUGCAGAUGUGGCAGGUGGUGGACCAGUGCUCGGGCAUCCUGAAGGAGCUGGAGGCGGCCGGAGGGCCCCUCUCCUACAGCCGCCCCUGGGCCGCCCGCGCCGCCGAGAGCCCCAGCAGCAGCAGCGGCGGCGGACACCGCCCGGGCCUCCGGGAGGACGGCGGAGGAGGGUCCGGCCGCCCCCGCCGCCCGCGGCGCUUGGACGAGGAGGAGGAGGAGGAGGAGGAGGAGGAGGAGGUGGUGAAGAUCCGGGUGUCCCAGGAGGAAGAGGAGGAGGAGGAGGAAGAGGAGGAGGAGGAGGAGGAGGAGAACCACCGGCAGGCCCAGAUCUGCAGCGGCUCUGCUGACCGGCCGGUGAAGGUGGUUUUGGAGGAGGAGGAGGAAGAGGGCCGCCGCGGCAGGGGCCGUCCUGGCAAAGGCCCCAGGGAGCCGGGCCCUGCCUUUGCUUCGCCCCACGAGGCCCCCAAAGUCUUCUACAUCAAGCAGGAGCACUUCGACCCCGAGGAGGCCGCUUCCUCCGUGCUGGGGAGCAGCCCGGCCUCCUGCCUCUCUGAGGCUGGCUACCUGAAAUCCCUGGGCCGGCCCCCGGGUGUGUCUGAGGUGCCGGACCUCUGCCAGCCGGAGAUCCAGGCCGGCGGGCAGCUCGGCUACCUCCCCCUGCCCAGCGGGGCAUCCACGGCUCCUGGCUGCUUGGCCGGGAAGUCCCAGGCCCUUUCCGCAGACUCUGUGGCGGCUUUCCCCGAGAGCUCGUGGAAGCCCGUGGACCUGCACGGCAACGAGAUCCUUUCCCAUGCUGUGCACGGCCAGGCGGUGCAUGCGCCUGUCAAGCUGAUGUCUGCGCCUGACGGGAAGAAGUUUGGCUGCCUGUGCGGGAAGCGCUUCGCUGUGAAGCCCAAGCGGGACCGGCAUAUCAUGCUGACCUUCAGCCUGCGGCCCUUCGGCUGCUCCGUUUGCAACAAGAAGUUCAAGCUGAAGCACCACCUGACGGAGCACAUGAAGACCCACGACGGGAACCUGCACGCCUGCCAGGACUGUGGCCGCAAGUUCCGUGUCCAGAGCUGCUUCCUGAAGCACAAGGAGCUCUGCAAGGGGCAGGGCUGGGCCACCGCCUGCUGGACCUACAAGUAGGGCGGGGGGGAUGAGGGGGGCUGCCUGCUGAAAGCAGAAGUGGGGCUUGGCUUGCUUUCCCCCCAAACUCCAUCCAAGGGUGGGGGGCUGAGAGCAGGGUGGGUUGCCUGUCUUCUUGCUCGGCUGGUCUUCCUUGGGGGGGGGAGGGAGCGAGCAUGGGAAUAUCUGGGGUGCUCCCAUGUGGCCCUCUCCCCUGAAGAGAUAUGGAUGCCGGAAGCAGAUUUUCCUUCUUCUGCCAGUAUCGCCCUCUUUCCCACCCCCAAAAAUGUGGGAAUUGUGGGCCGGGAAUUGCUUGGACGGUAAUGCUGCUGUUGCUCUUCCAGGUGCCGACAGCUCUGUGGGCUUCUGCACCAGUCAAGAGGCCGAGUCUCCCGAGCAGCCGUCUCUGCAGGGCAGGCCAUCUUGGUGGGAGGCACUGAGUUGAGUCCUCUGGCCACAAUCUGGCCUCCUGGGGCCUCAGCGUGAAGGCCCUUCUCUUGGGUGCUUGAAAGAAUCACUCGGAAGCGGGUGGGGACCCCCUCGAGGGGCUGCUGCUUAGUGAGCAAAGCCUGUGCUGGGGAGUGGGCAGUGGCUUCCAGGAACACCGUGUCCUGGCCAGCAAACUGCCGAGGUUUGGGCUGGUUGGCUUCAGUGGCUAGGAAGCCCUACUCCUGGAGUUCCUGGGCCCCCCACCCACCCACCCAAUGGGAGAGAGAGGGGUGAACGGGUGCUAGGAAGGGGCCCUCCAAUCUUUUCAUGAAAGCAUGGGAUGAAGAGAGGGGGAGUGGCUAGGUGGGACACUUCAGCCUGGAGCCCAGAAACAAUCCUGGAAGGUCAGAGGAAAUGAGCCAGCUGUAGCGAUGCAGAAUUGAGAAUCAAACGCCAAAACAGUCUAGGAUUGGGGGGGGGGAGGGGGAUGUGCCCAGUAACACUUAGGGAGACGAACCACAGGAACUCGGGUGGAAGUCUAAGCCAUCCUGGUGGAAUUGCUCAGUCCGUUAAGAGGCGGCCGGGUGUGGCAGCCACAGAGACAGCAAAGGCCAUUUGAGGCUGCCUUACUAGAAAUACAAUUUCCGAAUUGCAAAGAAAUCUUCCCCUCAACUGGGCUCUGUGGACUGUUCAUUUUUGAGCACCAAGAAUGACUGAGACAAAUUAGCAAGAUUGAAGAAGAGCUGGAAAUCUUUGGCUUGGACUGCCCGGGGGUGGUGGUGGACUGGAUGGCCUCAAGGGGCCCCUCUGGUUCCCCUGCCAGUGAAUUCUCCCCUCCGUUUUGUACCCAGAUGAGUCCAAAGGGAUGUUUAAGCAAAACUGGGCACAGUGAAUUCUCGGGGAGGGGCUCCUGGCCACUGCAGACCCCCCAUCCCACAGGAAGACUCCCAGGAGUCACCGCUGCCCCCCUCCUCAUUGGUCUCCCCCAGAAGAGACUCCCUUUGGAAGCCAUGAGGUGGGGCCUGGGCUGGCCUCUUGCUCGGCUGUUCACCCUGCUGCUGCUGCUGCCGCCGCCGGUUCCCUGAUGGAAAAGAUGCCCCCGGAGGAUGGGGGUUCCUGGCUGAGGCACUCUGGUGGGGCCUUCUUCCCUGGGGGGGAGGGGGGAGCAGCAGUUUCUCAGGGAAGGGGUCUCGGCUGGGCUGCAGAUGUUCUGGCUCAGAUGCAGAUUGGAAGCCCCACAAUUGGGGUUUUUAUUUCCCCCGUUUUUGAUGACAUCUUCACCCGUUUUCCAGAGAUGUCGAGGCAAUUUUUCUCUGGCACUGAAAGGAGUUUGGUUCUAAUUCAGACACUGUUAUGUUUUUUGACACAUAAUCACCAAUGAAGGAGAAAUGCUUAA